AGUAUUACGAAGAAAGACUAUGGCGCGAAUUAAACGCGGAGCAAGUCAACGCUGGAAUAACUGUCCAGGUGUGGAAAUUACUUUGGCAACUCCUUAGUAUAUAAUAUACACGAACGUGCGGUUAGAGCUCGACGACUGGACUCUGUAGCUCAGUCAGGGACGUAGCGAAACACCUGAAGUUGGGGGGGGGGGGCGACAUUGGAGGAUUUUACCUGAAAUUUUAAUUUCGAUGUUAAAAAUUUACCUGAAGUGUAAUAAUUAGAAUAAAGCUUGUUGUGAUUGAUCCCCACUGUAAUACUAAGUUUCUAGAAGAAUUUACAUUUUUGAGGCUCCAGGGCUGCAUUUCUGGCGUUUUCUAAUACAAAUUCGCAGGCGAAUUGGAUCUAAAUUGACUGUAUUGUAGAAAAAUGGUUACCAUUUCACAAAAAUAACGACUUUAUUACGCAAAUUUUACCUGAAAAUGUGAAAAUUUUAACUUUAAUUUCACCUGAGUUUCACAGUUGGGGGGGGGGCACCCCCCGUUCGCUACGCCCCAGAGGGCCUAUAGCGCAACUGCUUGUAAACACUCACAUUUUUCCGAGGCGAAAUUGUACCGCAGGCAUGACAUAUCAUCGUUGUCAAACUCGUUAAAUUUUGCAUAUUUCCGUAGCAUUUGAAAAAGAGCAUUGAAGAUAUGGAAACGACAAGAAAACAAGUUCCCGUGAAUGGACUGGCGGAGUUCGACAGACGUGUUGGUCCCUCGUACGACAAAGCAUCGGCCGCCAUUGAUUCGUUUAUGAAAUUUCAAACAAAAUACAAACCUGCUGCUCCUCACGUCACUGCUGAAAAAAAUGUCAAUGAAAAUGACAGAAUGGGAAUAGAGAUGCAUGGUUAGUUUUAAAGUGCGCAGACUUGGAAAAAGUGGGAUCUCGGGAUCCUGGAUCCUGAGGAACAUAAGUAAUAUUAUCUACCAUUUGAGUCUAUUUUGAGAUUACAAGGUGUUCUUCAUAUCCUGUUAAUAGAAUUUGAAGAUUGUUUUGUUUCCUCAGCAAUUUUACAACCAAUAUAAUCGAGGAACAUUUGAAAAAGACAAAUUCAGGAUCCGAGAAACAUUGAACACUUUUUCCAGGUCUGAAAAUGCGAUUAAUCCCAUGCAUGAUUUUUUAUAUGUGUAAUAUUUGGGUCAUCCCAAGAAGAAAUGUAGUACAUCUUUAUACUAAAAUACGUCAUUUUCAUCAAUGUAUAAUGUCAUUACAUGAAUAGCAAAUUAGUUUUCCUUCGCUCCAAAAAUUCAUUUAUGACAUCAUGUCCAGAAACUUCAACAGUGAAAAGUUGAUCAAGAUGAGGUUUCUUAUAAAGAUUUAAAAUACUCAUUAAUAAUUCAUAAACCUUGUGGCAAAUCAAGUCAGUCAUAAUAUGUCACGUGGAGUGACUUUAUAUCUGCAGAAAACACAUGUGGCAUUAUAUAAUUGUUCAUCCUAAUUAGUAUUCUUUUGUAGUCGUAUUUUAAGCUAUUCAAAACACUCGUUGUCGUGUUUUAUCAGAUAUAAAACGCUCGGCUGCGCCUCGCGUUUUAUAUCUGAUAAAACACUCCUACUCGUGUUUUAAAUAGUACAUAGAGCGUUUGCACAUGACGUCACAGCCGCCAUGUUGGUGUUCCAAUUCAAAAAAAUUUUAAUUAGACUCUUUUGUCUAGAACACCAACAUGGCCGCCAUGGCUUUUGUUGAGUUGGUCCCUGGGGAAUGAAUGCAAAAGCUCUAUAUUACAUUUCUUCUUGAAUGAACCAAAUAUUACACAUGCAAAAAAUCGUAUAUGGGGUCAGCCCCACUUUUGAAGUAAUAUUUGAUAUUUGAGAAUAAGUUAAUUUACUUCAGCCGUCAACAGAAUUAUAAACAUAUACAAACAGGAAGACGGUUCAGGAACACUAACACAGCGUGAGCCAAUUACGUUAGUGACCUGCUACAAAACAUCAUUAUACAAAACUUCACAACUUAUAAUUUAAAUAUCAAACAAGAGUAUAGUAUAAUCCUUUUUAUCCGAAGUAGAGAGAGCAUAAAAUUUUCAAAAUUUGGAAAAACAAAAUGACAAAAUUGUUGUUGUUGAUUAUGUGUAUGUAAUGAUUAUGUAUAUGUGUAUCUAAGUUGAUUAUGUGUAUGUAAUGAUUAUGUAUAUGUAUAUCUAAGUUGAUUAUGUGUAUGUAAUGAUUAUGUAUAUGUGUAUCUAAGUUGAUUAUGUGUAUGUAAUGAUUAUGUAUAUGUGUAUCUAAGUUGAUUAUGUGUAUGUAAUGAAUUCAAUAAAUAUCUUUCUUUAGGUAAACUUUUGAAUCAAGAAAUUACUCCUGACGAAGCUACUGUACAUUCCUGGGACGAUCUACAGAAAGUAAGUUUGUAUUUGAUGAUAUUGUAAACUUAUCAACUUGGUUACCUUAGCGGUAAUAUGGAUUGUAUAUAUUAUAAAUCUGCUUUGUUUUUCUAGAGUUUAGUUGAGCUAAAUGACGUCAUCCACGAAUUCUCUCAUUUGGUACAUGUAAGUGUUAACCACAUACAUCAAUAAAUAUACAUCCAUCAAUGACGUAAUGUGUUAACCAAUCCGUUAAUCGACCAGAAUUCCGGAUCUGCGAAAAAUAUCCGAUUGGAACCGGAACUGAGUUUAUUCAACCGUGUAUGAUUAUAGAAGUUGAUUUGUCGACUGCCAACCUUAAAAAGUUGGAAUAUAUGUGUAAAAUAAUGUGCGUAAUGUGAUGUGUUAAAAUAUUUGGUCCGUGUUCAAUUAGCUAAUGAGUAAUGUUCAUCAGUAAAUUAACUUUAUAUUCUUUUUCCUAAUGAAGACAGAGUUCCGGUGCACCCUAUACGUAGGGUAGCACCUUUACUAUGCCUUUACUGAAGCCCUAAUUUUAAUGCUAUUUUUGACAGGAACAACAGUCAGCUGUAGAUUCGAUCGAGACAAAUAUUGAACACGCUCAGGUGAAUAUUCACGACGCGACACAGGAACUCGGCAGAGUAAGUAGCAUGACAAUGUUUUAUUAUUAGGUUGUUGAUAGAACCAUCAAGAUGGCGUCGUGAUAGCACAUUUCUCAUCAUUUAUCUUCACACAGGCGGCGAAGUUACAAGGAAUGAUUCUUCCAGUUAUCGGUGCGGUUGUGGGCGGUGUGGUAGGAGGGCCGGUGGGUUUGUUGGCGGGCUUUAAAGCAGCCACAGUGCUGACAGCGGUAGGUGGAGGUGUGAUUGGGUAUAAGGCCACGAGCUACAUCAAAGAUAAACGCGAGGAAGCUGUCGAUUCUGAACUUGAAAGACUGACAGACAGGAACAAUCCAAAUGAUGAUAAUUAGGAUUGGAAAGUUAAGCCCCGUUUACACUACGCUCAAUUUUUGGUACGGCACGGAUAAAAUUGGUACCCGUACCACUUUUUUGGUUCUUGGACUACCCAUUUAGGUAGUUCAAGAACCAAAAAAGUGUUUUUUUGGUUCUUGGUCCAAGAACCAAAAAAGCGGUUCGGUACCGAGCGUAGUGUAAGCGGGGCUUUAGUCUUGCUAGUGGACUGAAACGCAGACUAGUCUUGCUCCAAGAUGACCGACCCACGCAGAAAUAAUAGUCUUCUCGCAAUUCAUAGUUUUGCUGUUUCUAAACAAACAGGCGAAGGACUUUACGGUGGUUGGGUAGAAAGAGCGUAGGUAAGAUAAGUCACACACUAAUGUUUGUGGAAACACCACGUAAAAUUCGAAAGCUUUGCAGUAAUAAAUUUACGUGGUGUUUCCACAAACAAUAGUAUUAUUUGUUUUAUCGCCAUGCAAACCUACAAAGAACUUAAGUCACAUACUAUUCAUAAGGGACACAUGACACACGUCAGAAUCAAGAGGCCCUUUGUAGCUGAUCUGAAAGUGCUUUAUCUUACUGCUUUGUUUACAAAUCCCACAGCUCUCGAGUCACUACUAUUUUUAGGUCACUACAAAGGGCCUACUUCUCAUGACUCCCCCUAACUAUUCGUCGACAGUUUUUAUGACAUUUUGUUCUUCUUGUAUUGUCGGAGCUUGGCUGACCUAUUUGCGCGACGAAAUGAGAUAAAUUGAAAUUUUGUACAUAGUAUAAUUUAUAUGGAGAAUUAAUAGUUUGUAUAUGUAUAUUUAAAAUACUUCUAUAAUUGUUCAGGGUGUGUUUGUUUGCAGAAAUAUAAAAUUUUCUUUAAUAUAAGGGUAACUAAGGGUAUUCGUCAUACAAUGCCUGUGCCUUUCACCUCACCUCUCUCACUGCG